UAUGAACGUGUCACAAAAUUCUCGCCUUCUCACAAAACGUCCUGGCGCGUAACAAACUCUCAUUUUUUCUAUAAAACCUUCUCUUCCGAUACAGAGCUAUCGUAACCGUUUUUGUUUCUCUCUCUCUCUCUCUCUCUCUCUCUCUCUCUCGCUUUCAAUCAAUUAUGGCAACCCAAACCGUUCUCGUUACCGGCGGUGCCGGUUACAUCGGCAGCCACACCGUCCUCCAGCUUCUGCUCGGCGGUUUCAACGCCGUCGUCGUUGAUAACCUCGACAAUUCCUCCGAAGCCGCUAUCCAUAGAGUCAAGGACCUCGCCGGAGAAUUCGCCGGUAACCUUUCCUUUCACAAGUUGGACCUCCGUGACAGAGAUGCACUGGAGAAGGUUUUUGCUUCUACAAAGUUUGAUGCUGUCAUACAUUUUGCUGGACUGAAAGCAGUCGGUGAAAGUGUGCAGAAACCGCUGCUUUACUAUGACAACAACUUGAUUGGGACAAUUGUUCUACUUGAAGUCAUGGCUGCCCAUGGAUGCAAGAAGCUUGUGUUCUCAUCUUCGGCCACUGUAUAUGGAUGGCCUAAGGAGGUCCCGUGUACUGAAGAGUUCCCUUUGUCAGCAGCAAAUCCAUAUGGACGAACCAAGCUUAUCAUCGAGGAAAUUUGUCGGGAUAUCUACCGUGCAGAAGAGGAAUGGAAAAUUAUACUGCUGAGAUACUUUAAUCCUGUUGGUGCACAUCCUAGUGGUAAUAUUGGCGAGGAUCCUCGUGGAAUUCCAAACAACCUCAUGCCAUUUGUUCAGCAAGUAGCAGUUGGCAGACGUCCUGCAUUGACAGUUUUUGGAACAGAUUAUAGUACAAGUGAUGGCACUGGAGUUCGCGAUUACAUUCAUGUUGUUGAUUUAGCAGAUGGGCACAUAGCUGCAUUGCAUAAACUAGAUGAUCCUAAAAUAGGCUGUGAGGUUUAUAACUUGGGAACAGGAAAGGGAACAUCAGUUUUGGAGAUGGUUAAAGCUUUUGAACAGGCCUCUGGAAAGAAAAUUCCACUUGUAACGGCUGAUCGGAGACCUGGAGAUGCUGAAAUUGUUUAUGCAUCAACUGAAAAAGCAGAAAGAGAACUGAACUGGAAGGCUAAAUAUGGAAUCGAUGAAAUGUGUCGUGAUCAAUGGAACUGGGCUAGCAAAAACCCUUAUGGCUAUGGAGGAUCUGAAGAUUCUUCUAAUUAACGUUGAUAAUUGCUAAUCUUAGUACAAGUUCUCUUCUUGGUCUUUUUAGGAACCCUGUUACACCAUAGGCCACUACAAAUAUAGUUUUCCUUGAAACUUUUCUUUAGCUAUUCUAAGGUGGAGAUAAAUUUUGUAAUUAUGAAUUCUAAUAACGUCUUAAAUAAGUAGUGGUUUACUUUAAUUUUAUUGUUCUUUAGGUUCCGGCUUACUGGCAAUUAAAUGAGGAUCCUCUCAUGUUCUUCAAGAUCAUGACUGCAUCCUGUUUUGUAAUCUUAAAUCACACAAUUUAGAAUAUGAUUAAUGGUUAUAAUAUUACAUUGUUAUACUUC